CCGCCUUCCUGUCUGUCAGAAGCGGGUGUCACCAACAACAACGUGCGACCGACUCUUAGGCUAGUGAGGCUGUGAGCCGCGAGAGUGCCUUGAAGUAACUUUAGGUGGAAGAUGCUGGAAAGUAACUCGGCAGAGGGUAGCGACGGAAGCGAGGAGCAGGUUUCCGGUGCUAAAGUCAUCGCCCAGGCCCUAAAAACUCAAGAUGUGAAGUACAUGUUCGGUGUCGUAGGCAUCCCUGUGACCGAAAUCGCCCUUGCUGCCCAGGAACUGGGCAUCAAGUACAUCGGGAUGAGGAAUGAGCAAGCGGCUUGUUACGCUGCCUCUGCAGUUGGGUACCUAACGGGCAGGCCAGGAGUAUGCCUUGUUGUUUCUGGUCCGGGUCUCAUCCACGCCUUGGGUGGCAUGGCAAAUGCAAACAUGAAUUGCUGGCCCUUGAUUGUGAUUGGUGGUUCUUCUGAAAGAAAUCAAGAAACAAUGGGAGCCUUCCAGGAGUUUCCACAGGUUGAAGCUUGCAGAUUAUAUACCAAAUUCUCUGCCCGGCCAAGCAGCAUAGAACACAUCCCAUUUGUUAUUGAAAAGGCAGUGAGGAACAGCAUCUAUGGUCGUCCAGCAGCUUGUUACAUUGACAUUCCUGCAGAUCUUGUGACCCUCCAGGCGAACACGACUUCUAUAAAGUACAAGGAGUGCUGCAUGCCACCUCCAGUUAGCAUGGCAGAGACCUCUGCUGUGUGCGCGGCAGCCUCCGUCCUCAGGAACGCCAGGCAGCCCCUGCUCAUCAUCGGGAAAGGUGCUGCCUAUUCCCAUGCAGAGGACAAUAUCAGGAAGCUGGUGGAGCGGUGCAAUUUGCCAUUUUUACCUACUCCUAUGGGGAAGGGCGUUGUCCCUGACAGUCAUCCCAACUGUGUCGGCGCAGCCAGAUCCAGGGCUCUGCAGUUUGCUGAUGUGAUUGUAUUAUUUGGUGCGAGACUAAACUGGAUAUUACAUUUUGGACUGCCUCCAAGAUAUCAGGCAGAUGUGAAGUUUAUUCAGAUUGAUCUCUGUGCAGAAGAAUUGGGGAAUAACGUAAGGCCUUCUGUUACUUUGCUGGGAGACAUAAAUGCUGUUUGUAAACAGCUUUUAGAACAGUUUGAUAAAACUCCAUGGCAGUACCCCACAGACAGCAAGUGGUGGAAGACUCUGAGGGAGAAAAUGAAGAGCAAUGAAGCUGUCUCCAAGGAAUUAGCUUCCAAAAAAUCCCUCCCUAUGAAUUAUUACACAGUGUUCUCCCACGUUCAAGAACAGUUGCCCAGAGACUGUUUCAUAGUAAGCGAGGGAGCAAACACCAUGGACAUUGGACGGACUGUGCUUCAGAACCACCUUCCUCGUCACAGGCUUGAUGCUGGUUCUUUUGGAACAAUGGGAGUUGGUUUGGGAUUUGCCAUUGCAGCUGCUGUAGUGGCUAAAGAGAGAAGUCCUGGGCAGCGGGUCGUCUGUGUGGAAGGAGACAGUGCCUUUGGAUUCUCUGGCAUGGAAGUGGAAACCAUCUGCAGGUACAACUUGCCAGUCAUACUCUUGGUAGUGAACAAUAAUGGAAUUUACCAAGGUUUUGAUGCUGACACCUGGGGAAAAAUGUUAAAUUUUCAAGAUGCAACUACAACUGUUCCUCCAAUGUGUCUUUUGCCAAACUCGCAUUAUGAGCAGGUCAUGACUGCAUUUGGAGGCAAAGGGUAUUUUGUACAAACACCAGAAGAGCUCCAAAACUCCCUGAGGCAGGCUCUGCAAGACACAAGUAAACCCUGUCUUAUCAACAUCAUGAUUGACCCACAAAGUACUCGCAAGGACCAGGCUUUUCACUGGCUCACCCGUUCUAACAUGUGAAUAAACUACUUGAUGGUUUUGAGGAAUUUUCUCUUUCCUGUAAGGUAGAAUUUACUUUUCUUAGCAAAAUUACCAUAGUGCUAAAAUUGU